GACAAACUCUUAGAAAUGUCACUUCAUUGGUUUGAAAGAAAAUCAUACCUUCUUUCUUUCUCUGUUUCUCUUCUCUCCCUUUCCUCUUGUUUUGUGUUUCUGUUUCUCUUUUUUCAAUCAGCACCAGCCUCCCUUUCUCCAGUUGUUGGAUCUUUUGCUCCACUCCAUGCUGCAACUCUUCAUCCUUUCAGGCCGACAGCUCAUGCCGCUAGUUUGGACCUAACCUAGAGUAAAUCUUGGCCCAGCCGGGGUUGGGGGGAGCCAUGGGCAGCUCAGCCUCAUCACUGGCCGCCGAGACAGAGUCGGACCAUGGCUUCACUGGCCCAACCUAUCCCGGGCAUCUGGCGGCAAGCUGGUAUAGGAGUAACCACAGUGACCCUGUUUGGGAAAGUGCCCUUAUAACACGGCAACAUCCGCACGUGAAUCACCGGGCACGAAGCCACACCCACUCUUCUGGUUCUAUGGCCACUGUGCGGGAAUGGUCCUGCACCCGCUGUACUUUCCUGAACCCCGUGGGACAGCGCCAAUGCUCCAUCUGCGAGGCCCCCCGACAGAAGCCAGACCUCAAUCACAUCCUGCGCCUCAGUGUGGAGGAGCAGAAAUGGGCCUGCGCCCGAUGCACCUUCCGGAAUUUUGUGGGCAAAGAGGCCUGUGAGGUGUGUGGCUUCACCCCUGAACCUGGGCCAGGAGGCUCCCCCUUGCCAAUCCUCAAUGGGGUCCUGCCAAAGCCUACUGUCUUGGUAGAACCCAAGGGGAGUUGCAAGGAGGAGAUGCCCCAAAUGGAGAGCCCUGGUGAGGAUUCGGGGGGGAAGAGCCCUGAAGAGGCGGGGCUGGCGGACGGCUGGGCCUGCCAGCGCUGCACCCUCCACAACACCCCUGUCGCUAAUUCCUGCUCGGCAUGUGGGGGGCCCCGCAAGCUCUCCCUGCCCAAGAUCCCUCCAGAGGCGCUGGUUGUCCCUGAAAUCAUCACUCCUGCUGGCUUUCAGAUAGCUCCCACCACUGAGACCCCCGAGUGCCACCCAGUUGCCAGUCAAGGCACUGCUGUUGUAGAGGAAGAGAGCCAGAAGAUGCCAGCCUUUAGCCUUUUCUCCCCUGGCCUCCAAAACAACCCCGUUCCCCGCAGUCGCCGAGAGGUGCCCCCCCAACUCCAGCCACCAGCACCUGAAGCUUCCCAACCUGCUUCUCCACCAACGCCCGUGCAGAAAGCCAUUCGCUUCCAGGAAAUGAUGGCCACCAAGCGGCUGAGCGUGCUGGAGGAAGAGAUGGAAGUGAGCUUGCCGCCCUGGCAGUGUAGCACCUGCUCCCUUCUCAACACCUCAGGGAGUGAAGCCUGUGAGGCGUGCAGCAGCCAGAAGGGCAGUGACACUAUUGAUUUAACCGGGGACUCUGUUCGUUUUACACCCUGUGGCCCCUCCAGCCCUGACUUCACCACUUGGUCCUGUUCCAAGUGCACGUUGAAGAACCCCACAGCUUCUCAGAAGUGUAAAGCCUGUGGCUCCUCCAAGUUGCAUGGCUUCCAGGAACAUGGCGUGCAGACUGACCUGGCUCCCAAGUGCCCCGAGUGUGGCUCAGACAAGGGCACGUGCAUAGCUUGUGGCCCCAGAGCUCCCUCUGCCCGCAAAGUAGCUCGCCUUUUCCCCUUGCAGCCCCCUGUCACUCCAGAACGAUCCAGCCAGUGGUCAUGCCCUGCUUGCACACUCCUCAACGAGCUCAAGGCCAAGCAUUGCCUCGCCUGCCACACUCCUCAAGUCUAUGUGGCACAGCGCAAGGGUGCCAAGCCACUUCGGCGGCGUGAGAGCAUGCAUGUGGAAAAACGACGGCAGACGGACGAGGGGGAAGCCAAAGCCCUCUGGGAGAACAUUGUCUCCUUCUGUCAAGAGAACAAGGUCAACUUUGUGGAUGACAGCUUUCCCCCUGGUCCCAAGUCAGUUGGCUUUCCUGAAGGAGACAGCGUCCAGCAGCGAGUGAAGCAGUGGCUGAGGCCUCACGAAAUUAACUGCAACAUCUUCAAAGACCGUUCGGUCAAGUGGUCAGUUUUCCGGACACCCCGACCCUCGGAUAUCCUGCAGGGGCUCCUGGGAAACUGCUGGUUCCUGAGUGCUCUGGCAGUGUUGGCAGAGCGUCCUGAGUUGGUGGAAAGGGUCAUGAUCACACGGACCAUGUGCCCAGAGGGGGCCUACCAGGUCCGGCUAUGCAAAGAUGGCACCUGGACCACUGUGCUAGUGGACGACAUGCUGCCCUGUGAUGAGUGUGGCUAUCUCCUCUUCUCCCAGGCCCAGAGGAAACAGCUAUGGGUGGCUCUUAUUGAGAAGGCCCUGGCCAAACUCCAUGGUUCGUACUUUGCCCUCCAAGCGGGGCGUGCUAUUGAAGGCCUGGCUACGCUCACCGGCGCUCCCUGCGAGAGCUUGAUGCUGCAGGUCAGCUCCACUAACCCUCGUGAGGAGGCCAUUGACACUGACCUCAUCUGGGCCAAAAUGCUGAGUUCUAAGGAGGCUGGUUUUCUCAUGGGAGCAUCGUGCGGAGGAGGCAACAUGAAGGUGGAUGAUGCAGCCUAUGAAAGUAUGGGUCUUCGCCCACGGCAUGCGUACUCUGUGUUGGAUGUGCGGGAUGUGCAGGGAUGCAGACUGCUGCGACUUCGUAAUCCCUGGGGCCGCUUCUCUUGGAAUGGCAGCUGGUCGGAUGAAUGGUCCCACUGGCCGCCCCAUUUGCGUCACGAGCUGAUGCCCCACGGGAGCAGCGAGGGGGUCUUCUGGAUGGAGUAUAAUGACUUCAUCAGGUAUUUUGAUUCCGUGGACAUCUGCAAGCUUCAUUCAGACUGGCACGAAGUGCGUGUGCAGGCUGUUUUUCCCAACAAGGCCAAUGGGCCCAUAACAGUCACAUCACUGACGGUGCUGGAGCGAGCGACUUUGGAGUUUGCCCUUUUCCAGGAAGGCAGCAGACGCUCAGACACAGUGGACAGCCACCUCCUUGACCUUUGCAUCAUGGUGUUCCGGGCCACCUUCAUCAAUGGCAGCAAACUAAGCCUGGGACGCCUGAUGGCCCACAGCAGGCGAGCAGUCAAGAAGUUUGUCAACUGUGACAUCAUGCUGGAGCCGGGCGAAUACGCUGUGGUGUGCUGUGCCUUCAACCACUGGACUACCCCGGUGCCGGGCACCUCAGGCCCAGGAUCCAGCCCUACUUCUGGCAGUGAAUGCCCAGCCACUGAGGUCUCCAGCUACAUCUUGGCAAUCUACAGUUCCCGGCUCGUGAUGGUAGAACAGAUUGAGGCCCAAUCGACUACAUUGGCCGAUGCCAUCAUUCUCCUCACGGAGAACAAGGGCGAGCGGCAUGAGGGGCGUGAAGGGAUGACCUGUUACUACCUGACGCACGGCUGGGCCGGUCUCAUUGUUGUGGUGGAGAAUCGGCACCCCAAGUCCUAUCUCCACGUCCAGUGUGACUGCACAGAUAGUUUCAAUGUUGUGUCAACCCGGGGCAGCUUGAAAACGCAGGACAGUGUGCCACCAUUGCACAGGCAGGUCCUGGUGAUUUUGUCCCAGCUGGAAGGCAAUGCCGGCUUCUCCAUCACCCACCGCCUGGCCCACCGCAAAGCCACUCAGGCGUUCCUGAAUGACUGGAUGUCAACGAAGGGGACGCACAACCCCCUGCUCACCCCCGAGGUGGCAGGACUUCACGGGCCCCGGCCACUAUGACAAAUGGCCCCACCCAUCCCACCCCUCUUCUUCUGCUUUUGCCUUUUUUCUGAUCCCGCCUGUCUCGUGCAUUGCCCCAGCCGUCUGUACAGAGCCCAUCAGAAUUAAGGAGGACCGACGAACUGGGGGUUUCAACUAAGCACCUCUCCUCCUGUUCCCUGGGGUUAGGCCGGGAGCUGCUCAGGUCCCCCCCCCCUCUUGAAAGUCCAUCUCCCCUUUCCCCCUUCCCCACAGAUGAUGCACUUUAUCCAAACCUGCUGUCAGGAUAGGAGAGCAAGGAAAUUCUAGAGCCUGGGGAAGGAUGCACUCCCAGGUUCUGGCAUAUUAAUGGCCUGAGUGCUGCCAGCUGCUUGGCCCAGGGACAUGGCCCUUCCCACAGCCACCCGAAAUCCUACGGCUGCAACAAUAUACCUCUGGCAAAUGUGUCUGUCUGUGUGUCUGCCUUCCCUCCUGGUGAAUAGUCUCAGCAGCUGCUGCAGCGGGUUGAGGAUACAGGAGCUAGAUAGGAUCCCCUGCUCCGCUGAUGGUGAAGGACUGGGUUGCCAAAUGGAUUUCGUCUCCCUCCUAGCACUGGUUGUCUAGGCACUGAAGGUUCACAGGAGGAUGGGGUAUGUAAAUCCAUCUGGGUAGAACCAGCGUGCAGUUGGUUGGUCGCCUAGGGUGAGCAGCGUUUCACGCUAGCCAAGUAGCAGGCUGCCCACGAUGAACCAGCUCUCUCCCAAUGCAACAGGUGGAAGCAGCAGUUUUUUGGGGGCAGGGAGGGAAGGCCGUGUGGGCCAGUGGUGCAUUAUUUCUUCAGCCUUUUCCUGGAGGGACUUGCUGCUUCCACCAAAUGGAGCCGAGCUGAAGAGGCCGAGCUGGUGGUCUUUGCUUCAGUUCUUGCCCCUGGUCCCCUCAGCGGGACCCCCACCCCCACCCUGGGGUGGAGGAAGAACAGAGGCACACGCAGCCAUUUGGGUGGCUGGCCAGCUAACGCUUUAUCCACCUGGGAAGAGCAGAAGCUUUUAAUUUGUCCUUGUGUCCUUGUGUCCUUGUCAACCCCUUUAGAGGGGUUGAGCCUGUGUGUGUUUGCUGGGGACAGACAGCUGGGGCUGUAACGAAGGAAACGAGCACAUGGCACCUCAGCCCUUAGGAAGGGCUGAGAAAGCCAUUUCCCCUUGCAAGCCCUCUAGCUGCCUGUUAAGGGGGGGAGCCCUCCCAGUUUCUGUUUCUGGCCCCUCCCCCCCCACCCCAAGAAAGAAUAGCCAGAAAUCAGCAGUGGAAGGAGAGGAGAACAAGUGAGUGACUGACUUUCCCUCUGUGCCUUCCGUGCUCCCAGGCUUAGCUCUAACUGGGAAGGGACAGGCGAGCCUGCCUGAAAACGUCGAGUGAAUUUAGCACUUUUACUUUCCGCCAUUCGUCUUUGCAGUUGGAUGCUCGGCCUCCCGCAGAGGCCUUAAGAAGCCACGUGGAGAGAUUCUUCCAUCCUCCCCCCAUGACGCCCAGCUGAACCCUGCAAGGGAGAGACUGGGCUUCAAACGGAUCUGCCAGAAUGUCGGGAGGUAUCCAGGAGGUGGCUGAGCAUCAUCAAGAUCUGUGGAGUUCAGACUCGGGAACAGGGUAUCCAGGACAGGGUUUCUAGUCCACGUGAUGGGUUCAAACCCAGGGAAGCAGGGAUAGCGUCUUCCUGCCAGCGCUCUUGAUCUUGAGAGAGAGGAUCGGAGGAAGUGUAUACUCAAAAAUUUUGGGGACUCAGCAGUAGCAGAUGAGUCUUUCUGUUGUCCUAAAAAGGCCUAAGGAGCCUGGAAUUUAUGGUCCCCUGUCUAGCUCACUGACUUUUCUUCCCCCUCUGGCCUCUGCCAUUUUUUUCUGCCCCUAUGCUGAUGAAGGCAUCUAGAGGAGGGUUUAUCUCAGAUCUGCUGCAGACAGGAGAUAAGCCCCUUUCCUCUCCCCAGCCUCUGUCUAGGCAGAAGAUGCCAGAGGGUAGCAAGGGUGGGGCUGGGAGAAGGGGAGGAGUUGUGCCCUGCCAUAAUCUGGCCAGUUGGCAUGUAAAAUGACCAAAGGGAAAUGAAAUUGUCAACAUUUGGCCAUAGUUGCAGUGGCUGAAUCUUCUCUGGAGUCUUUGUCUACCACAUGGUGGAGCAACAACACAACAGUCAUUGCCAGCCCUGACUAUUGGAAUCUCCUGCAGAGGAAACACCAGACCAAGCAACCUUUACCUUUGUGGGCUGGUCACAAAUGGGACAGAGCCAUAGAGAGAGCAUUAACUAGUGCCAGUCAGAUAAGGAAGAAACGGGUGAGAGUAUCUAGGUAUCCCUAAGAAGGUGCUGUGCCUGCUCCUCUCUAGAAGUAGCAGCUGUAAAUUUGGAACUGGAUAGGUUCUCCUACAUCAUUAAAUUUUGUUCUUUGGUGUUGAGUUGAUAGAUCCCAGUCAAUCAGGGAAUCCUGUAUUCUGUAGAAUAAAAGGGAUUCUCUGGUCCUCCCCUAAAGCAAGGUAUAAAUUGAUGGAGUGAGCAAAUUUUGGCCACACAGAUGACAAAGAAAAGGAAGACCUGCCAGUGCAAAGUGGCAGCUCUGUGCCCAGAAAGGUCAACAUUUCAUGCGUGCUACCUUGUUCUCGCAGUGGCUUUGGGAAAAUCUAGUUGAAUGGCCUUUGGUGGCAGGCGAACGCUGGCUGUGGAGAUGCAUUGGGAAAGGAUGAAGUGGGCUGAUGUUAUGAAUACCCUUUCUAGGAAAUCUGACCAAUUGGUUUUGCUCACCUGACUGUCCAAAGGGUCACCGUCAACCUGAUCCUUCCGAUUUUGACAUUCCUUUGGACAUUGACAAAGAGAGUUGGUUGAACUGAAGCUUCUAGGCUGCAGGAAUGACUUGACCUGGGAUUAAUACUCUUCUCUCUCCAUGGAGAGCUAAACGCAGCCUCCAUGUGUUUUAAUAGCCAUUUUUCCCAGAGAACUUUGAGCGAGGUGGGUGGUAGGAAUGUUUAACCAUUUCCAAUAUACAUACACACCUUUGCCAAACUUAACAUUUCCCAGAUUUUUAGGGGGAAGUUACAACAAUUAAUGCUGGUGUAAAACCAGAUUGGUUUGUUGAUAUGCCAUAACUCGAAGGAAGAGGAGGGCUUUGACGUGCAAGAAAUAUCAGCACAGCAUGGAAACCUCCAGGAGGACAGGGUAUGGCUGAACUGAGGGCUAAUAUGGCAUUGCCUGGACUUGGGGAAUGAAGCAGCAGUGCCAAUCUCUUAUCAUCUUCCUACCUAUAACAUUUAUUCUCCACCCAUUCAGGUAGCAACGGAAAGGAAGUUAAUUUCCUCUCCCUGUUUGUUUCUUCCACUCUUUUGCCCUUUUUGUGUUGGCUCUGAGUCAACUUCCACCUUGCCUGCCUCCGUUAUCCCAGGCCACAGAACGGCCAAACGUCUUUCUUUCUUCCUCAGUCUUUGCUUUGAUUCUGUCCAAAAAUUAUGUCUGCCAUUUUUUCCUAUUUGAAUCUUUUUGGGUGUGUCUUUUUGUUCACUCUCACUGAGCUGUGAAUAAUUUUUAAUCAUGUAAAUAUUGUCUGCCUCUUAAGAAAACAUAGGAUAUUUUAUCAAUUGUAAAUCAAAUCUGUAAUCAGUCCCUGUAUAAUAUGAAUUAUCCCAUGAGUGGUUUUCAAGCUCAGGUUCCAAAGGACCAAAUAAUAAUUAAAA